UGUGAAAACCCAUUUAACACUCGCUCCCAGUACACAUCAAAACAUGUAUACAGAGAAAGUUUAGUUUGAGGGCUACACAGAGAAGAUUCAACAAAAAGGUCUCCAUUUUGGGAAGUUACACGGUUGCUCGAUUUGAUUGCUCUCAGAAAUGGCGAAAGAUUCUCCAAAAACUCCCAAGACGUCGUCGUCGAGGUUGGCAACGAAUCCAUCAGUGAGCAUAUGGGCGGCACAAUGUGGGAAAUGCUUGAAAUGGAGGACGAUUUCAACGCAGGAAGAAUUUGAGGAAAUCAGAAGUAGGUUUAUUGAAGAACCCUUUAACUGCGACAACAAACCAAAUGGUUCUUGUGAUGACCCUGCUGAUAUUGAGUAUGAUUCUUCUCGAACUUGGGUUAUUGACAAGCCCAAUCUGCCUAAAACCCCGUCUGGGUUUAAGAGAGAAUUGUACCUGAGAAGAGAUUACUCUAAGAUGGAUGCUUAUUAUUUCACUCCUUCAGGGAAGAAACUCAGAUCUUUUACAGAAGUAGGUGCUUUUCUUCAACAAAAUUCUGAGUACAGUGAGAUAAAAGCCUCAGAUUUCAGCUUCACCAGCCCCAAAAUUAUGGAUGAUACUAUACCCUCUACCCCUCUUCUUUCCAACUCCAACAAGAAGGGUACAACUAGUAGCACUAAAUGAGUGCGUGGAUUGAUGAAUCUGGAAUUGUUCGUUUGCUUUGUAGAUGCAGUUUUUAGAGUCCUGGUAUACUUAAAUGUGUUGUUAUUUUCCAUCUCUUUGGUAUACAAAUCUCUUAGAUGUAAAUGGGAUUUCCUUUUCCUAGAUGUGUGUGUUUCCUAGAUAACAUUUCGUGCAGUAGCUUCGAUAAAGCGAAAAAUAUUGAAACUUGUAAUGUUCCCUCAUCUCGUCAAUGAUCCCUAUGCUGUAAAAUUGCUACUAUGUGUUUGAUAUUGCCCAAAAUAUCACCUUGUUCAAAUA